CUGGUAGCGGCAUGCCUUGCUGCUGACGAAGGUCAUGGACAAGCAAUUUCUUCACAAAGCAUAGUUCAUCAUGACCAGCCUACCCAUGGAAUCGCCACCCAAUUCGCAGCAGCGCCCAUAGUUCAUCACUCCGCACCUCUUCUGCAACAGCAUUCGACUAUUCUGCAGCAUAGUGCUCCCGUCGUUCACGCCACCCCUAUUGUUCAACACGUUGCACCUGCUAUCCAUGCUCCUGAGGUUUAUGCACACGCUGAACAUAUAGAAGAAAAUGCUCCUGCGCAUUAUGAGUUCUCUUACUCGGUUGAAGAUCCUCACACCGGUGACCACAAAUCCCAACACGAGAGUCGUGAAGGUGAUGUUGUAAAAGGCGAGUACUCGCUUCUGCAGCCUGAUGGCUCCGUCAGGAGGGUGGAAUAUAGUGCUGACGACCACUCCGGUUUCAAAGCUAUCGUUCACAACUCUGCUCCAUCGGCGCAUGCAGCUCCUGCUACACCGGUUGUUCAAGCGGCCCAUGCACCUAUUGUCCACGCUGCCCCCAUCGUCCACGCCACUCCUAUUGUCCACGCUGCCCCCAUCGUCCACGCCCCUCCUAUUGUCCAUGCGGCUCCCAUUGUUCAUGCCACCCCCAUUGCGCAUGCUCCCAUCGUACAUGCGGCACCACUAUAUGCUCAUCAUUAA